AAUCCUGAUGGCAUUAUUGAUGAGUUUCGAGUUCGGUUCCUGUCUUUCAUGGGAAUAGCUUUGGAUAACGUCAAGAUGUGUGCUUUUAUCAUGCACACCUCACAGAACAAGUUCAUCUGUCACGUGUUUCACUGUGAGCCCAGUGCUGGCCCCAUGUGCAAGACCAUUGAAGCUGCUUGCAAG